GUCAGUGAAGAACUAAAGACAAAAGGUGAAAAAGUGAAUAGGAAGUAGAAAAAACAAAUACUUGUUUCUUUUAACCUAAUUUCUAUUGGUUACUAGAAGUAAACAUUUUCUAUCCCAUUUGAACCAAGACAUCAGAAGAACAGCCAUAUAUGGGCAUAAUUUAUUUGUGUGAAUCAAUGAUAACGAUGUAUAAAGGACAAUCUAGGGUGAAAAAUCUAUCCGGCUGCUAAAUAGUGCACGUAAUAAUUCACUUGUUCCAUUCCACGCCUUAAUCACCUCAGCUAAACCAACAUGGCAGAUGAAGAAGUUCAGGCCCUUGUGGUAGAUAAUGGUUCAGGCAUGUGCAAAGCUGGAUUCGCUGGUGACGAUGCACCAAGAGCUGUAUUCCCUUCAAUUGUCGGACGACCUAGACAUCAGGGAGUCAUGGUCGGUAUGGGUCAGAAGGACAGCUAUGUCGGUGAUGAAGCACAAUCGAAACGUGGUAUUCUCACCCUCAAGUACCCAAUUGAACAUGGUAUUGUCACGAACUGGGACGACAUGGAGAAGAUCUGGCAUCACACAUUCUAUAAUGAGUUGCGUGUAGCUCCAGAAGAACACCCCGUCCUGUUGACUGAAGCUCCACUGAAUCCAAAAGCCAAUCGUGAGAAGAUGACACAGAUCAUGUUCGAGACAUUCAACACACCAGCCAUGUAUGUUGGUAUCCAAGCUGUGCUGUCAUUGUACGCGUCAGGUCGUACGACCGGUAUUGUGCUCGACUCUGGUGAUGGUGUGACACACACUGUACCCAUCUACGAAGGUUAUGCUUUGCCACACGCCAUCCUGCGUCUGGAUCUCGCUGGUCGUGACUUGACUGACUACCUGAUGAAGAUCCUCACGGAGCGUGGUUACAGCUUCACCACAACUGCCGAGAGAGAAAUCGUGCGUGAUAUCAAGGAGAAACUGUGCUAUGUGGCUCUGGACUUUGAACAGGAGAUGGCUACUGCUGCCUCCAGCUCAUCCCUCGAGAAGAGCUAUGAACUCCCUGAUGGUCAGGUCAUCACCAUUGGUAACGAACGCUUCCGUUGUCCUGAGGCCUUGUUCCAACCGAGCUUCUUGGGUAUGGAAUCUGCUGGUGUUCACGAGACCACCUUCAACUCAAUCAUGAAGUGUGAUGUCGACAUUCGUAAAGAUCUGUAUGCCAACACAGUGUUGUCAGGUGGUACAACAAUGUUCCCAGGUAUUGCUGAUCGUAUGCAGAAGGAGAUCACUGCAUUGGCGCCAAGUACAAUGAAGAUCAAGAUUGUUGCCCCACCUGAGCGUAAAUACUCCGUUUGGAUUGGUGGUUCAAUUUUGGCGUCACUGUCCACCUUCCAACAGAUGUGGAUUUCCAAACAAGAAUAUGAUGAGUCUGGUCCUGGUAUUGUUCAUCGUAAAUGCUUCUAAGUUAUUUAUCAGUCCGCCUUGUAGGUCUAUUAUCUUCACUAAUGCUAACCUAUAUUCUUGUUUUAAUAACUAUUAUGAGUAUUUCCGUGCAAAAUCUUUUAGUCAAUUAAUUUCUUCUUCUGUGCUCUAUCUAUUCUAGAAUAUAUGACAUGACAUUCAUAUUAUUAGUAAAUGCGAACACAAAAUUUUAUCUCACUCCAAAUUCUUCUUCUGUUUCUGUGCUCCAUAUCAUCAUUCUUGUUCUUCGGCUAUAUUAUAGGCGGUCCUCGAAAAUGAAAAGAUACUUCUAGCUAUUAUCAAUAAUAAUACUCAUUUACUGAAUUCAUGUUUAUGCAUUUUUUGUAUUUGUUUUGCUGACGUAUAAGAAUUUGGCGUGCCGUUUGAAGAAAGAGAUAACGUUUUGUACCUUUUAUUAGCUUAUGUUUUCGUGUGUAACAGGCUGAUAAGUAGC